AUGAAAGCAACAAGAAGUGGACUGAUACUCCUAACUUUUGCAAUAAUUUUAUCUCUUCUGGUAUUAUUAGUAACCAAUUGGAGCUUUUACGAUACCUAUGUGGCUGACUCUAAUCAUUUGAAUCGAUUAUCAGUCGUUCAAGUAACUCGAAUUUUCCCUCAAGGAGGUGAAGAGGUAGAAUUCGAUCAACCUUGGACUUUGCCAGAUAUAAAAAUAAUUGAAAACAUAGAAGAUAUUAAUCAAAGUGAACGUUAUAUAAUAAGUAACUUUUCGUGGAGCCCAGGACUGGGUAACUUAAUGUUUCAAUAUGCAUCUUUGCGAGCAAUAGCUGAGGUAUAUAAUGCGAAGUUGAUUAUUUCCGCCAAAUGUACGUUACGGCGGGGCUUUAGAUUGGAUGCAACUAUAGUAAGCACUAAGCUGAAUGAUGAACUAAUCCAACAGUUCAACCCAACUGAGCGUCAUUUUGCUGAAGAUUUGAUCCACAAACAGUUCACCUUCUUACCAGAAAUUAUCAAAAGAGCGGAUGAUUAUCUGCAAGAAGCCAAAUACGAGAAACUUCAUGCGGAAGCUACCGUUGUCAAUGAUCUUAACAACCAUCAAGAUCAAUUGGAUAUUGCUGAAGACUUCUAUGGUUAUAUAUACGUUGGGAUACAUAUAAGACGUGGUAUGGACGUUACAAUGAAUAGUCGGAAUAUAAAAUACGGCCAUACGGCUAUCACGAAAGAUUAUGUUAUCAGUGCAAUGAAUUAUUUCAGAUUAAAAUUCGAAAAAAUAAUAUUUGUAAUAAGCAGUGAUAAUGAGCAUUGGGUUAAAACAAACAUCAAUCAUACUCGCAAAGGUGAAAUCUACAUCGUAUCAUCGGGUUAUCGAGAAGUCGAUAUGGCAACACUGGUUCGUUGUAAUCAUACGAUAAUGAGUACUGGCACUUUCUCUUGGUGGAUUGCUUAUUUGACAAAUGGUACCACAAUAUAUUAUAAUAACUGGCCAAAACAUAACUCAAUACUAGAGAAAAUGAUGAAAAAAGAUGAGUAUUUCUUAGAUAGUUGGAUACCGAUGUGAUGAUUUCCU